AUGGAUUUGAGAGACAAGGUGGUGAUGGUUCAUGGCGGAACUUCAGGUAUUGGUAAGGAGCUCGUUUUAACUCUGGUAUCGAAAAAAGCCAACGUUGUUUUCACUGGCACCAACAAACAGAAAGGAAAAGAAGUCAUUGAACUACUGAACAACCUAUACAAAGGGAAAAGAUCACAUCAUGCCCAUUUCUACAACAUGGAUAUAACUGAUUGGCGUGCACAAGAGAAUAUCUAUGAUUUUAUCGAAAACGUUUAUACGGGCAAAAAGAUCGAUAUAGUGAUCAUUGUGGCUGGUAUACUGGACUCAUCUAACCUUAUGGAUGAUUUAGAAGAGAGAGGAGGAGGAGGGUAUCACUAUCAUACUCUGGAAGUCAACUUAACAGCGGCUGUGAAGGCCAACCGACUCGCCAUUCAAUACUUUUUAAAAGAAAAACGGCCAGGCUGCAUUAUCAAUACUUCGUCCGUCUUUGGAUUGGCUCCAGGCCCUACACAACCAUUGUAUGCGGCGUCGAAGCAUGCGAUUAUUGGACUUACAAAGAGCUAUGGUAGUUUAUUGCGGUCUACGAAUAUCAGAGUCAAUGUGAUAGCACCUCAUUUUGUAGAGACAGCACUGGUACCCAAAGAGAGUAUCAAAGCCGUGCAAACUUUUGGCAUGGUCAGUUUGAAAAGUUGCAUAGAGGCAUUUCUAUACGUCAUUGCAGAUGAAUCACUCAAUGGGCGAUCAGUGGAGCCAAGGUUCUAUGAUCCUGUUGUCGAGCAACUUGACUAUAUGUGUCAAAAACGGAAGGAAGAUGUACUGAAUCUUAUCCUCAAGCAUUUUCAAUAA